AUGGGCCAGUUCUAUCAAUAUGGCUCAGCCGACCCGAGCCGCUCGAGAUAUUCACCCUAUCCGCAUGUUCAGCCUGGCAACGAGCCUACGGUCUACACAUAUGUGCCCCCUCAGCUGCAGCAAAACAUCCAAAUCAACGCAGGCAAUCCCUCUGGGCCUCCUCCGCCGCCACCACCACCAGCUCCAGUCCCUGUCUUGCCAAACGGUUGUCCUAACGGAGGGUCCCCCGGGACAGCCCAUUCUGUUUCCCAGACCAUUCAAGUCGGUCCGGUUGGAGUGACCCAGCAUAUUUCAAAUGGCCAUCCUCAAGCAGGUCAAGCGAUUCCGUACAUGUCGCCAGCACCUCUUCGCCCUACCUACCAGGUUCCAGCAGGUACAGUUCCCUGGAUUGGCCCAACUCGCGCCGAAGUUGACGCACAGAACCUUGCAAUCGCCAGAGCCACCGGUGCAAUGAGGUCCCAGAGCAUGGUGCCUUACCGCCCAGCUGAAGGCCAACAGUGGUGGUGUCGCGAACUUGACGGCUCCUACACCCUGCGAACCACGACUGACGUCAUGGAGAACUUGCAACCUGGAUACUGGGCAUACUCAUCCUCUGGGUAUCCUUAUUUCAUUCGCCAGGCUGCCUAA